AUGGACUCGCCUUCGCAGGACCGCGGCGUCUCACCUUCGCCGUCCCCCACGGAUGUGCGACAGGCUGCUGUUCGACGCGACACCAGGGACGACAUGCUCCCCGAAAGCUACCAGUCUACCGAGACCGUGCGGAGAAGACCCGAUCUAUCCUAUGGAACCGUCCCUACUACCCCAGCUGGCAGUGGCUCGUACUUGGGAGAAAACGUCGCCCAUGAUCGCUCCAACUCUCGUAUUGGCGGCCAGUCGCUCCGAUCCCCGAUGCAAGGUCCUGAUCGUGGCAGGCAGCGUCCUUGGAAGCCCGCAAUGGCCCGCCGCGCCUCUUCCAACGCUCAAGCUCCCCAUCGUGGUAGCAUUUUCUCAACCGACGACCUUCCAAACGAGGUAGAAUAUGAUACUUCUGCGGGUGACCACCCGCAGAGCUUAUUCCCUAGGCCGUCGUUCAACGUCGACUCAACGAGGCGGCCGUCCAGUAUGCGGCGACGGCCCACCACCAUGGUCGCACCAACUCUGUCGCGCGUCGAUUCUAGUCGCAGCACGGGAGCGGAUGAGGAGGACAUCGAAGAAGGAGUGGAAGAAGAACAGGCGGCAGAAGAAGAUCCAGGGGAGGACUCGCAGUCACGUAUCGAGCCACACGAAGAACGGGUGUUGCAGGACGAACCCUCCGACGCUGGCGACGAAGACGAAGACGAUCUCAGCGACGCUGAGAGCUUCACCCUGAAGGAUCGUCAACAAGCCAUCAACGAGACACAUCCCUUUGGUAUCCGGAUAUGGAAACCUGCCCUGUACAAGAAAAACCGAUCUGUCCAGAAGACUGCUCAGGACGACAUUCAUUCUUCUCCCGGCGGCCGAGUUAGUCACUGGCUGCUGUUCUUUAAUGUUAUGUGGACCUUGGCCUUCGGCUGGUGGAUGGCCGCGUUCGCCGCGCUCGGUGCCGGAGCAUGCUUCAUCUUCGCCGCCGCUCCUAGCGGGAGAGAAUAUGGUCGCGUGCUAUGGGGCCUUGCCGGAUACCUAUUCUACCCCUUUGGGAAAUUUGUGCGGCUUGAGCAGGACGAGGCAUACCUGGACGAAGAUCAAGGAGAGGGACGAAGCAUCAGUGAGUACGAACAGUGGCAGAGCGGAGAUCUGGAGUACGGGCGCCUCUUCUUCGGACCCGAAUCACGGAAUAGGUCUAUCGUUGGCCGGUCACGCAGAAGCAUCGACUCGGAGCCCAGCGAGACGGAUAGUUUACUCAACCGCUCGGCUCGGAAUGAUCACCCGGAUGAUCACGUGGGGCCACCGAUGAAAAGGCGACUGUUUGGCAGAGGUCAGUGGAACAUCGGACGAAUCAUCUUCUUCGUAUUCUUCUGGGGACUCAUUACUCCGUCUCUCAUCAUCGUGUCCGGUAUCUGCUGGUUCUUGGUGUUCUGGAUUCCCAUGGGCAAAGUCACCAAUCUCCUCUUUGACCACCUUAGGAGGCAUCCGCUGGCCUUGUCCUUCGACUCUGAUAUUAUCAACGCCAGGAGUUCCGAUGGUCCACAUGCGUCCAUAUUACUCUGCACAUACCGGGCCGUGGGCUCCAAGUAUUGGAAGUAUACUAUUGACGGAACCAAUAUCUUCCUCAUCAACCUCAUGGCGGUUGUCAUGUUCGUCAUCUUUGACUGGCUUGUCUUGGAAGGUGUUUUACACAUCGAAAACUUCAUAACAUCCCCGGGCUUCUUGUUCGUGGCAGGUCUGUUCUCCAUCAUCCCUCUGGCCUACUUCAUCGGUCAAGCCGUGGCGUCCAUCUCGGCCCAGUCUUCCAUGGGCCUGGGCGCCGCCAUCAACGCUUUCUUCUCAACUCUGGUUGAAGUCUUCCUCUACUGCGUCGCUCUCAAGGACGGUAAAGGUCAGCUGGUCGAAGGUAGCAUUAUUGGGAGUAUCUUCGCGGGUAUCCUAUUCCUUCCGGGAUUGUCCAUGUGUUUCGGUGCUAUCAAGCGCAAGACACAGCGCUUCAACGCCAGAUCCGCCGGUGUCACGUCAACCAUGUUGCUAUUUGCCGCUGUUGCAGCAUUCGGACCAACGCUCUUCUACCAAAUAUACGGCACACACGAACUUCGAUGCCAGAGUUGCACGGAUUAUAUCAAUGACAGCGAACGAGACUGCCGUCGUUGCUACUAUUCGCAGGUGCCUGCCCUCAAUGACCGUUUCUACCUCGAAGCCGUCCGUCCCUACUGUUACAUGGCAGCUAUUCUUCUCUUCUGCUCAUACUGCAUCGGCUUGUGGUUCACGCUUCGGACCCACGCCGCUGUCAUUUGGAACACAGAGAUCGACGAGAAGAAGCAUGAAGAGCAGCCGCAAAGCACGGCACGCCCAGCUGAGGUUCGCAGCAUUGGUGAUGCGACUGGAACCGACAUCCAGAAUAGCAAUCUGUAUAAGCGCAUUCUCGGCCAGUCUCUGAAACAAGUAGGUCUGGCGGGCGAAGCGGAAGGUCGACCUGUUUCACGCCAGCAGUCGCUGGCAGUUCCGCCAAAUGGCGCUGUCCAGACGCCGCACAUGGUUCCUCCGAAGAGUAGCGGGAGUGGAACGGACAGCAUUCGCUCCCACGUCAACAUCCCAGGAUUUAGCGAGUCAGAGAACAAUGAUCUCAUUCGGGGUGUGACCGAACUCGCCGCCACCGCAGCUGCUAUUGCCGCUCGUGACGCUCGAGGUUCGAGCGCCCGCCGUGUUUCCCAUCAACCAUCGAAUGCGGGCGCCAGCACUUCGGCGUCGCGUCCAACACCACUGCGUACCACUACCUUCCCCGAUAUGGAAGACGCUGGUGAGCAAGCGCAGGCGGCUCAUGGAGGACAUGACGCGCCGAACUGGAGCCGGACGAAGAGUGCCGUGAUACUGAUGGGAGCCACAAUACUCUAUGCCAUUAUAGCCGAGAUCCUGGUCGACACGGUUGAUGUAGUGCUGGACAACUAUGCGAUUGAUCCCAAAUUCUUGGGCAUCACGCUGUUUGCUCUGGUGCCCAACACUACUGAGUUCUUGAAUGCUAUUUCCUUUGCUAUGAACGGAAACAUCGCCUUGUCCAUGGAGAUUGGUUCGGCAUAUGCCUUACAAGUCUGCCUCCUGCAAAUCCCGGCACUGGUCUUCUUCUCAGCCGUCUACCCAAUCCACCCCACGGGUGACAACCUGGACCCGAUACACUACACAUUCAGUCUUCUGUUUCCGCAGUGGGACAUGGUGACGGUCAUCUUGUGCGUCUUCCUCCUGAGCUACAUGUAUGGAGAGGGAAAGAGCAAUUACUUCAAAGGCAGUAUUCUACUCUUGACGUAUGUGGUUGUUGUCGUUGGUUUCUACUUUUCCGGGUACACGGAUUAUGGAGAAAACGUGGGUAUGUCACGAUUCGAUACGCUUGGCGCUGAUGGUGCGUGGAAGACCUACAAGACCGUCGGCCGAGGCGCCAACGCGCCAUCUUUCGAGGUCGGCGUAGACAUUUGA